AUGGCGGCCGAACCGUCCAAGACAAGCGACAAGAUUUACGCUCUGAUCAACUACGAAGAUGCCUAUGUCCAGCCCCUCAUACUCUCGGCACUGGAAAAAAGACUUCCUGCGGCGACGUACGAACUCAUUGCAUCUCUCUCCCAACUGCCAAGUCCUUCAUUUCGUCUUUUGCAGUUUGUUCAGUAUGAGUCGAUUGAUUGGGAUCACCUGAUGGAGCAUUCAUCCACUUCGCUGGCAAACGCGUAUACAAUCCGUAAAGCGCUGAUCCGGAAACACUACCUCAGCACCACCAUUGCAAACUGGAUUACCAAGUACCCGGAUUCCGUGCUUAAGAAGCAUGUUAAGCCCAGCGUGGAAUUCGAAGUCGACUAUGCCGAGUUUCUAGACGACGCGUUGGUAGAAGCGUGGGAACUCAAAGAAAGCUGGGCCAGGAACGAAGAGCUGGGUGACGAGGAUGAGGAUUCCGCGAAAAAGGAAUGGUGGAUCCUGAAGCCAGGCAUGAGUGACAGAGGGCAAGGAAUCCGCUUAUUCUCCACCGAGCAGGAACUCACCGAGAUAUUCGAAGAGUGGGAUCCAGACAGCGACGACGAGGAAGACGAAGAUGCAAGAAGCGACAAUAUGAAUCAAGAGAAGAAAGAUCGAGACGACGACGACGACGGAAUCAUCACAUCCCAACUCCGCCACUUCAUAGCACAACCCUACAUCCACCCGCCGCUCCUGCUCUCCCCAACCCCCUCCUCCUCCCCUCCUCCUCCCCCCUCCUCCCCCGAAAGCCUCCGUAAAUUCCACAUACGCACCUACGUUCUCGCGACGGGCGCCCUGAAAGUCCACGUCUACCGCCCCAUGCUCGCCCUCUUCGCCGCAAAACCCUACAUUCCCCCUUGGGACAGCGCACUGCAAUCCAACCGCGACGAGGCCAUGCGCGCACAUCUGACUAAUACCUGUCUGCAAGACACGGGCGAUCGCGAGGGCUCCGUCGCGCUCUUCUGGUCUCUUCCUGAUGCGCUGCCUACACAGCCUCGUUUCACCACAGCCUCAUCCUCAUCCUCCUCCUCCUCCGAAGGAGGAAAAGCAGAAAAACAAGACACUACCUCUGUGCCUCUCGACAUCCCCCCCACCUGGAAACACACCGCCUUCUCCCAGAUCUGCGCCAUAACCGCCUCGACCUUUGAGGCCGCCGCGCGCGGAAUGUCGAUCCAUUUCCAAGCGCUACCCAAUGCAUUCGAGCUGUUUGGCCUCGACUUCAUGCUGAGCUACAAUCCCCACACGCACGCCCUGGAUACCUGGCUGCUCGAGGUAAAUGCAUACCCGGACUUCAGGCAGACGGGCCACGAGCUGAGCGGUCUUGUAAGCGGCUUGUUGGAGCGCGUGGUGGAUAAGGCUGUGCGUCCGUUUUUUGGCCUGCCGGAUACGCAUGCUGAGAUGCAAAGUGAUGCUGCUGCUGCUGAUGAUGAUGAUAUGGUGUGUGUGCUUGAUAUUGAUCUUGGGAGAAGGGCCUAGCUGGUUACAUGUGGUGAUGUGAACCGUCUUUUUUUUCUUUCUUGGUUGCAAAAGGUAUCAGGGAACUGCGCUGUUUCGCUGUCUCCUGCGGAGGGGGGUUCUAGAUUUUGGUUGUUUGUCUCUUUUGUUGGCGUACUUGGAGGAAUCCAUCAAGGAAUGAAGGAAUGAUGCAAUGUUAGCUAUGAGAGUACGACGAAAAUCAAUGAAAC